AUCGGGGAAGGAGGGGGACGUGGGGAGGAGGCUCCGCGCCACCGAGAGGGGAGGAGGGAGGGCGCACAGUCCCAGCCCAGAGCUUCAAAACAGCCCGGCGGCCUCGCCUCGCGCCCCAGCCCGUCGGUCGGUCGAGCCGCCAGCGCCCGCGCAUCUCUCUCUCCGGGCUUUGAACGCGACCCCUCGCCCCGCAGUGCCCUGUGAAAAUGUUGGUGCUUCUGGCUUUCAUCAUCAUCUUCCACAUCACCUCUGCCGCAUUGCUUUUCGUCGCCACCAUCGACAAUGCCUGGUGGGUAGGAGAAGAGUUCUUUGCAGACAUCUGGAGAGUGUGCAUCAACAACACGAAUUGUACAGAAAUCAAUGACACGUUUAAGGGUUACUCCAUGCUGCAGGCGGUCCAGGCCACCAUGAUCCUGUCCACCAUUCUCUGCUGCGUCGCCUUUCUCAUCUUCGUGCUGCAGCUCUUCCGCCUCAAGCAGGGAGAGAGAUUCGUCUUAACCUCCAUCAUCCAGCUCAUGUCAUGCCUGUGCGUCAUGAUUGCAGCUGCCAUCUACACAGACCGGCGUGAAGACCUUCACAAAGACAACGCGAAUUUCUAUCAGCUGAUCUCGGACGGCACAUACGGCUACUCCUUCAUCCUGGCGUGGGUGGCCUUUGCCUUCACCUUUGUCAGCGGCCUCAUGUACCUGAUAUUGAGGAAGCGCAAAUAGAACCCGAGGAGGCAGGUCGCUGUCGCUGCAGUACAGAAUCCACACUCAGAUAACCAUUUUGUAUAUAAUCAUUUUUUUUCCCCGUGGUUUUUCUAGCAAACGUAUUGUUUCCUUUAAAAGCCAAAAGAAGAGAAGCGUUCGGCAUUCUUAAGAUCACAGAAUGGACUGUGAAGGCUGGAGUUCAGAAUUCCUGCCCGUCCGAGAGUUCAACACGACAAAGCCCCAAAUCCAGCAGUGCUCAGAUCCAAAGCUAUUCCGCCAGAUGUUUCGUAACCACAGGGACGUAAUGUGAUAUGAUGUGACAAGAGACCGAGAAAGCCAGCUCUCGGGGGACAUCUUCCCCUAGGUUUGGGCCACACCAAGCCCCGCUCCCUUCAGCCGUCCUUCCUGAGUCUCUCCGUGUUGGUGGUGGAAGGGGGGGUGAGGGGAUCCUGGUGAGGGAUGAAGCCUCAGAUGUUUAGCCGCGUUCCACGUGAGAAACAGGUCUCGCCCCCCGUGUCCUGUCUAUAUCCAACCCUCCUGUAACGGGCUGGGUUCAGAGAGGGCCCCUCAGGUUCCCCAAGAACAUCACCUGCUGCCUUAGGGGAGGUGAUGGUUGAUCUGGAGGUCAGGCUCCCCCUACUCUCACGUGUGAUCCCCGGAACGCCUUGUAAAAUGCAGACUCUCAGGGUCCCUCCCCAGGCCUCCAGAAUCAGGUCUUCAGGGACGGGGUCCGGGAACCUGCAUUUCUAACAGGCUCCUCCGUUAUGCUUAGAUGUGUUAAAAUUGAAGGCACAGUCCCAGGACCGGACGAGCAGAGCUGCCUCAAAAAUGUUAAAGAUCUCAUGUCGAGGUGGGCGGGUGGGUCUCGACCCCCCUAACCUUGGCCUCCCUCAGCUCUUGGUUCUUCACUGUCUUCCACAGCUGCUUCCAUCUGGACCACCCAGGCUCCAGUCCCAGGCCAGGCAGGCGAUAGCCAGACACCCUGGGGGCAGGGCUGGACAGCCCCACUCUAACACAGAGGCCUCUCCCUUCUCUUCCUGCCCUGCCUUCAUGGCUGGCUGACCUCUGCUAAUCCCCGUUGGAGAGCCUCAGAGGACCCAUCCCCCAUUCAUUCAUUCAGUCAUCAAUAUUGAUUAUGGAAUCUUGUGCGUCAGGCACAGGGGCAACCAUGUCGAGACCAUCUCUCUCCGCAUGGGGCUCAUAGUCUAAUAGAGGAGAUAGGUUAAAAACCAGUUAGGAAAACUAAUUACAAACAAAAUUGCAAAGAACACAACCAAGGAUUCGAAAGAGAAGCCCACAGGGCGAGAGGGAGCCUGCUUUACGCCUGCUGACUUUUAAAGGCUCCUGGAGGCAUUUAGAUUGGCCUGAAUACCACGCCACUUAGCCUGUGCAGGUGGCAUUCAUCGGGCCGUACCCGUCUUUGUUCCAGCCAGAGAACACUUACUUCCUUGGAGGGUCCCAGGGUCCUGACAGCACGUGAAGCCAUGAGGGGGACCCCAGAUUGCCGUGGUUCUCAAACUUUAGUGGCACAAAUGCCGUCUGGUGGUGGGGGGCGGUUCUGCCUUGCCAGGGUCUGGGCGAAUGCGCAUUCCGGCAAUUGUGAGACUAUACGGAGAAAUACGGCUUUAGAGAGUUUGUCUUUAGGCGAAAAAGCGCUGUAAGGUGUGUGGGAAGGCAGGGGACCCCGGGAAGUGCCUUGAGAGAAACUCUUUGUGCCCCAGUGUCUUUUCCUCCUGUAUUUCGAGCGGGCUUCUGGGGAGGUGUGCCCCGGCCAGGGCUGGGGCCUGUCCACCUGUCUCAGCGCUCGCGCCAUUUAAGUGCUGCUGCGUUUGACCUAAGUGUCUCGAUGAUGUGCCAUCAGUCCUGUUCUAGUGGAGCUGGGGAGAUGUCUGGUCUGAGUAGUUUCAGGGCCACCGUGGAAAGCUCUUUAGUGCAAGAUUGGGUUUUCUCUCCAUCUAUGCAUUCAUUCAUUCAUUCAUUCAUUCAUUCAUUGUUUGUUCAUUUUGAGCAGAAUGUUAAAUGCUUUCUAUGGUCCAGGCACCGUAUGGGGCUCUGAAAAGACAGGGGCAAGCAAAUCUAGACAUACUCCCCAGGAAGAAGCCAUCCACACAGUGCAGGAUGACACAGGGCCAGUGACAAGACAAACUGCCCCCUCCUGCCUCAAGGGAAAACUGUCAUUAGUCAUGUUGUGGGUAGGAGCGUGGGUCACACCCCAGGGGUUUGCAGGAUGCUAUGAGAUGCUACCUCAAGGAGGAAGGUGGGUCUAGGUGCCCCCAAGGUUUCUACCCAGGUGGCUUCUCUGUAAUUUCCUGGGAGCCACAGUGAAACAAACAAAACCCCUUAGAGCGGGCAAUCUGGAAAAUCCCCAGGCAAUGCAUGAAUUUCCUGCACAAAAAGCUUCAGGAGUAUGUGAGUAUCUGAAUGAGCCCAUGGGUUUUCCUGGCUGGUUGCCACUGCUGUGUAGCACUCAGUGGCUAUGUCCAUCUGUGAGGCCAGGGUUUUGUGAAAUGCGAGCUGCCUUUUCCCCGCCGUGCGACAUGCGCUGGGAGGCGAGAAGAGGUGAUGGCGUGAGGAGAGAAGAUCCGACCUCAGCCGUAGGUAGAAGCUGCGCUCGCUUGGUGCUUAUGGUCAGUUAUUCAAGAGCAGCAACAACAAAGAAAACGAGCCGAGACAUCCAAGAAGCACAUCUCAGGACCAAAUAUCUUACCGGUAACACCUGUAUUUGAAGGAACCGUAGUUUGCGCCUUUUAGGACAUUUUUAUAAAGUACUGUAAUUCUUGCAUUGAGGGGCUGUGGAUGGAGGACUGACUAACUCGUUUUGUCAUUUGCAUUAAAAUUCCUUUGGGUCUCUGUUCCAAUGAGUUUGGAGAAUGCUUGGUUUGUGGCUCUGCGCGAAUGUGUGUACUGAUACCCGAACACAGGACAAUCGGACGCUUGCCCGCUCCCGCACACUCUCGGCUCCAGGUUGUGCGCCUGUGUGCAUGUAAUCGACAGGCUGCGGUCCCAGGAUGCUCUGUAUUAAUUGAUGAUGAAGAAACCCAGACCCCCAAGCCUGUAUGUAAACACACUAAACACAGAAGCUUAGAUAGAAGCAUCGUUUCAAAUCUGCCUGGAUGGGGAAUGACUAAACUCGCUAAUAGUUGAACCGUUACUUACAAUAAAUACAGCAAAUCGGACAGUUUUGUGUACUGGGGGGCAGUGGCGAUGGGAGACGCUUGGGGAAGGCCGAGAGGUUAAGUUUGAAUCUUGGUUUGGGGACAAAGGUGAUGUUAGGGUAGUUAGAGGCUUUCUACUUGAUGUGUCUUUAAAAUAGUCCAUUUUCUAUGUUUUGUAUAAUCUGAGACUGUACAUGAAAAAUAAAGUUUAAAACCAAA